AUGGAAGGGAAAAUACUCCCUCACCCCUCUUUUGAACCGAGCAUGUGGAGAAGUUAUAUAAAAAGGGAGCACCCGUUUUCGUUGAAUUCGAGAACAAAUGACUCCGACCGUCCAGGACAUAAUCCUCUUGCUACCUCACCGCAAAAUAAUUCAGACAAUGACCAGGUCAUGGAAGAUGCUGAAAUCGACGAGAAAAAGAAUGUGGCUAUUUAUGCGAUUGAUGGCAAGCCAGCGGUCGUCAAGCGCCUCUGUUCGCAAUGGGAGCUCGAGGUUCUCCGAGAACUUCAUACCAUGCGAGCGAAAAACAUAGUUCCUCUUGUUACGAUCGCUCAUGAAUUUUCUCCAAGACCCCUCGUGGUCAUGGAAAAGUUCGUUGAGAUAGUGGACAUCAAACCGGACAACAUUGUCGUCAACAAGGCCAAUCAAGAACUCUUGCUGAUCGAUUUUGGCCUUUCCGAGCGUCUUCUCCACAAAGAAGCUAUGAUCAAGGGCUCGAGAGGCACACCCGGAUGGACUGCACCAGAGUUGAAUCUCGGCCUAUCCUACACCAAAACGGAUUCGGGUUCAUUACAGGCGGAGUUGGAGGGGGGUGUUGUGUUCCGCGCUGUGUCGGCUGACGCUUGGGCGGUGGGGAAAGUAAUACAAUGGCUUGUGACAAGACCCUCUUUAUGGGAGGAACGUCUUGGGUUACUUCGAGACGUUGCGGCAAAGCUAAUGCACGAUAUUCCCUCUCUGAGACUCGAUUUGGGCAUAGCUGCUUCCCAAAUCAUGCAUGCUGCCGAGUCCAUCUCUAGCGUCAACAUAUUUGACGCUGUACCGCGAAACAUGACUCUUGCAUAA